AUGGGUCCUAUCAAAGGGCAAAAAAAGAGGAGGAACACAGAGAAGAUGAAGCAUGAAGGAACGAUUAAUGGUUUUGCUUCUGGUUCAUCGGAGAUGGAAGUGUCUAGUGAUUGGUGGGAUGAGUUUUCAAAGAAGAUUAAUGGCUUUCGAUCCCCAUCAAAAGGCCUGGAUAAGUUCGAAUCUAUUUUCAAGAUUUCAAGAAAAACAUUCAACUACAUAAGUUCACUUGUGAAAGAUGAUAUGAUUGCCAAGCCGGGGAGUUUUGCAUUCGCAAACGGCAAGCCUUUGACUUUUCAUGAUCAAGUAGCUGUGGCUUUACGAAGGCUGAACUCUGGUGAUUCACUCAUGACAAUUGGUGACUUGUUUGGUCUAAGCCACUCUACGGUCUCUCAAGUGACCUGGCGUUUUGUGGAGGCUAUGGAAGAAAAGGGCCUAUGCCACCUACAAUGGCCUUCCUCUGGAACAGAAAUGGAAGAGGUGAAAUCCAAGUUUGAGAAAAUUCAAGGCCUGCCUAAUUGCUGCGGCGUGGUUGAUACGACUCACAUCAUGAUGUGCUUGCCUACUUCAGACCCUGCCUGCAACGUUUGGCUUGAUUCGGAGAAGAAUCACAGCAUGAUCCUGCAGGCAAUUGUGGACCCUGACAUGAGGUUCAGGGAUAUUGUCACUGGAUGGCCUGGGAAAAUGAAAGACUCGAUGGUUUUCCAGAGUUCAAACUUCUGCCGGCUCCCCGGCAUGAUCAAUGCCUACCAAAACAUCAUUGCAAUUUUCAAGCUGACUGAACCAGAACCACAGGCAUUAGCUAGGAGAAAACUCAGCUGCAAAUUCUAUCUGCAGAGUACAUACAGAUUGCUAUACAGAAAUAUAAGAAGUCAAGGAGGAUCCAGCCUCACCAGAAGCUAA